UAAUAUUAACAUAUACUCUGUUUCUCUUUGUCAAUAUUAUUAUCAUUAUUAUUCCUUCUUCGUUGCUCUCUUCUUUUCCUGGAAUGGAUUCUUCUGCAUUGACUUAUCAUUUCAAUCGCUUCAGAACCUCCGCGAACUCGUUCCUAUCCCAAUAUGAACCUCUCACUCUGCUUCUCGCUCCUCUUCUCUCUCUUCUUCUCGCACACGUCGUUCGCUCUUUGUUCCGGGUUCUCCAUGACAAGGGACUCAAAGCCACACUCAUAGGGUUUUUCAUGACCUCUAUCAAAUUGAUCCCUGCUGUUAAGAGUCGUAUAGAUGCUGAGAAACGGAAGGUUGUCAAUAAGUUGCAGUCUGAUAGCAAGUCUAAAAGAGAAGGUUGGAUAACAGAAUUGCCAAGUACAGGAUUAGGGACAUCUGUCCUUGAGAAAAUGAGAGAGGAGAAAAGAAAUGAUCCGAUUUGGCAAGGCAAAUGCUCUGGUACAGUCUACAUUGGAGGAAGUGAAUCUGAUGGACAUUUUUCUCUGAUAAAUGAGGCAUGCUCAAUGUUUUCACAUACCAAUCCCUUGCAUUUGGAUGUAUUCCAGAGUGUAGCACGCUUUGAGGCAGAAGUGGUUGCAAUGACAGCAGCACUCCUUGGAAGUAAGGAAAAAUGUUCUGGAGGACAAAUAUGCGGCAACAUGACAUCAGGAGGGACUGAAAGUAUAUUAUUAGCCGUCAAAUCAUCUCGUGACUAUAUGAAAUAUAAGAAAGGAAUUACAAGACCCGAAAUGAUAAUUCCUGAGUCUGCUCACUCAGCAUAUGACAAGGCUGCACAGUAUUUUAAUAUCAAACUAUGGCGUGUUCCAGUUAGCAAAUUUUUUCAAGCAGAUGUAAAAGCAAUUCGACGUCAUAUUAACAAAAAUACCAUUUUGAUUGUUGGAUCUGCUCCUGGGUAUCCUCAUGGAAUAAUUGACCCCAUUGAAGAACUUGGUCAUCUGGCAUCAAGCUGUGGUGUUUGCUUCCAUGUAGACCUUUGCCUUGGUGGCUUUGUAUUACCUUUUGCUCGUGAGCUUGGGUACAACAUUCCGCCAUUUGAUUUUUCUGUUAAAGGAGUUUCUUCAAUAUCAGUUGAUGUGCAUAAAUAUGGUUUAGCUCCCAAAGGAACAAGUGUUGUUCUUUAUAGGAACCAUGAAAUCAGAAAGCAUCAAUUUGUCGCUGUUACCGAGUGGUCUGGUGGGCUGUAUGUAUCUCCAACCAUAGCUGGAAGCAGGCCUGGAGGACUUAUUGCUGGUGCAUGGGCUGCAAUGGUGUCUCUAGGGAAAGAAGGUUACGUGGAAAAUACAAAAGCAAUUAUGGAAGCAUCAAAAAGAAUACAAAAAGGUAUAGAGGAGAUUGCUGAGUUGUUUAUCGUUGGAAGACCCGACAUGACAAUCGUGGCUUUUGGAUCUGAUGUGCUGGAUAUAUUUGAAGUCAAUGAUGUUUUGUCUUCCAAAGGGUGGCAUUUGAAUGCAUUGCAGAGACCCAACAGCAUUCAUAUCUGUGUGACUCUACAGCAUGUGCCAAUUGUUGAAGACUUUCUCAGGGAUUUGAAGGAAUCUGUGAAAACUGUGAAAGAAAAUCCAGGUCCAAUAAGUGGAGGCCUAGCACCUAUAUAUGGCGCCGCAGGGAAGAUUCCAGAUCGAGGAAUGGUGCAAGAAUUGCUGGUAGAUUUUAUGGACGGUACCUGCUAGUAGCGUUCACAAAAUUGUGACGUCUCUUUAUUGUACCAGAUUUUUCUGGUAAAAUGAACUAUAUUACACCUUUAUUAAAUAAUAUUCGAUUUUAUCAUGCAUUCUUUCAUUUUGAGGAGAGAACUAAAAAUUGAAUAGAAAAAUAAAACGCUCUUGUUAAUUUGCUUACCAUCAGCAACCUCACAAAUGAAUGUAAGUAUGUAACUGAGGUAUUCCAAUGGUCAAGGACUAAGAAGAAGGAUCCAUUCGAUUGAGCUCCAUUAUCUAAAAUUUUCUUUUUUAGGUU